GCUCAGAACAAGCGUUUCGUUGGGUGGCUGAUGUCAGGCGCGUUUCUUCUCUUCUCGUCCAUCGCGGCCAAGUUUCCAGCCACCUUUGGCAGCAAUGUAUCACUCGAGGCGCUUUGGGCUCGUGUCCAUCAGGGUUACACUGAGCCUCAGCGAUUUUACCAUACACUGACCCAUAUUGAAGACUUGCUCAGACUGACAACUGCCGCAGUCAAUGCGAAUGAACUCAAAGACGGCGAUCUCGUAGCGCUGGCAGUCGUGUAUCAUGACAUUGUCUACGAUCCGACACGGAACGACAACGAAGAGCAAAGCGCAGAGCUCUUCCGGUCUCAGGUCGCGGUUCACCUUCCAGAUCUCCCACUGGCCAAAGUGGAUGCAGUGGCAGAAUGGAUUUUGGCAACCAAGCUGCACACAACUCCCGAGCACUUGUCGCGGGUCCAGGGACAUUCGGAUCUGCACAAGUUCUUGGACUUUGACAUGUCUGUUCUAUCUUGGCCUGCUGCAGAAUAUGACAAGUACGCAAGCCAGAUUCGGCAAGAGUACAUUCAUGUGCCGCUGCAAAUCUACAACGACAAGCGCCCGCAACUCCUCGAAAAGUUCCUCGAGACGCCUGCGAUCUUUACCACAGCGCACUACAAGGGCGAACUCGAAAAGCUGGCUCGGGACAAUCUCAAACGUGAAAUUGCCACGCUGCGUGCCAUCACACCAGCAUGCAAAUCAUAAUGAAUUCAAAUCAAUAGGGAAGUGUUGCCUUCCAGCAAUGACGGAUCGAGAAGCGAAUCCAAUAGUGUUAAUAUUGUUGUGAACAGAAAACAAACCCAAGAAAAAAAAAAAGUGGAAAGCCAAAAAAAAAAACGAUCUCUCAAAAAAUACGGUUGACAAAAACAAAUGCCGAAAUA